AUGGCGCGGCAUACUCUCACCAUUCGACCGUAUAGAAAAUCGUUCCCAACCAACGAAGUAAAAGCCUGCAAGAACUAUUCGAUUCGUAGCUGCCAGAUACCAACGCUCCACUUGGAGCUGUCAGUUUGA